UCUUACUUACCACCUGCUUUAAAGUUUGACAUUUUGACAGCAGUUACCUACAAAUGCUAGCUAUAGUGUGAAACUUUAAAGCUUACCCAAAAAUUUAAACAAAUUAUUUUAGCCACAAUAAAGGAAGUAAACUCCUUGACGUCACCAUUUUUCGAAGAUUAACGUUAGCUAAUGUUUAGCUAGCUAAACUGAUGUCAAAAUGUCAAAUUUAGUUGCCGGUGAAAAUGGAACACAGGAAAAGCCUGGGUUUUCAUUAACCAAGGCAGUGGAGGAUGUCAGUCAUCUGGGCUAUGCCCAGACUGAGGGUCUGAAAGAGAAACAGAAGACUCUCAGCUCCCUGCAGGCAACUCUUUCAGAUGUGGAGAAGGAAGGCGAGAUGGUAGCUCAGGUGCUGAGAUCUAACGUGAGGGAAGUCCUAAUACUGGAGGGCAAGAUGGAACACCUGGAGCGGCAGAUAAAUGUCCUGAGUGAUCGCUGGGCAUCCAUCAGCAAGGAAAAGACAGAAAUCCAGAUUGGUAUAAUUGAGGAGGAGGAGAACGCUCGCAUAUCACUGGCAAGGUUCAACACUUACCGAAACAAGAUGGAGAGUCACAGAGCAGCUGUUCUGCUUGCAUCAAGCCAGACGAAGGCCCAUAAAGAGCUGGAGGAGAAGAGAGCGCUGGUCAAGAUGCUGACACAGAAGAAAGAGGAGCUUAAGAAAGAUUUGGUGAAUCCAAAUGGAAACACAGUGCAGUUGGCAAAGAGAGAGAUUGAUGCUCUGAAGGGAGAGAUCUCUGUGAUGGAGAAGACGACAGCUGAGAGGAGAGAGCAAUUGCAAAAAGAGUUUGAGACUCAUACUCAGAUGAAGAAAGACAUUGAGAUCCAGAACAGGCGCUACGAAGCCAUCGUCAAGCGCCUCCACUGCCAGCUGAGCAGGGCCCAGGCUUUCCGCCGACACCAGCAGUGGCACAAACAGACAAGGUUAAUCCGCGUGUGAUCCGUCAGCCCCAGAGUACAUCCUGUACCCAGGGCGACGUGCUUGAAGAAAACACCUUUUGUCAAUGAAACAGGAUUUGCGAAAGUGCCAUCUGGACAUGAGAGCGGGGGCUCUGUCUCCUCACCGUGUCUGAUCCACUGAGCCAGCCACUCCGAGGUCAGUGGGGGAGAGGAGGAAGGCGGACAGAGCUGGACAGGAUCUCUAAAUAGAUAUACGUUAGAUCAAAGACCACAAUAAAUUAGAUUUUGUCCCAGGAUGCCCCAAACUGAAGCUCAUCCUUCUCAGGUUACAUUUUUCAUACUCGGGAUAUAAACCGGAAGCUGCACCGAGAUAAAGAAAAGAUUUGAUUAUUUUUAUUAAAACACAAACACAAAAGCACCUUGAGGUUAAAGUCUGGCCUUGAUAAUAAAGUCUAUGACUUUUUGCAUGUGUUAAUUAUACCUGCCUGAAUCAGUUUUUACAUUUCAGGUAAGUUUUAAUCAAAACAGAUUUAAUUUGUGAAUCUUUGCUCGAUGAGUCAAAAUGACUGUAGGAUAAAUCAUUACACCACCAUUUUAUACUGUACGUAGAUUAUCUACUUUAAAACUGGUUAAUGUUAUUUUUUAGGCAUUGGAAAAUAGCAAAAUAUUUGGUAAAUAAAAUGACAGAGAUCGCAUCCUUAGCCCAGGGUAUAAAAAUGUAGUUUGUAGUAUUAGAUUUCCUUUCA